GUUUACCCACGCGCUCCAUACUGGAGAGAGGUGAGACAGAGAAAACAUGGCUCUGCAUCGGAAGAUUCAGGUCGAGGUGGUCGGGCUCAUGAGAGACCCCAGCUUUCAAGUGGCCAAAUGUAUUGCUGAGGGUUUGAAUCAAAACAUGCCCAGAACAUUUUUAGAACCAGCCUUUCAUCCCAUGUUGGAAUGUGCGUGGAAUGAAUAUUUAAACAAUAAGAAAAAGGAAAUCCGUGGUGACACCUGGGAAUAUUCUUCUCCCCUUAUGUGCUUUGUCAAUGGAAAACUUCUCGGCGCAGAAAAGGAGUUUAUAUCUUGGGCAGAACACAAAUGGAACUUUACCUUUUUUCGUCCGCCUGCUCUUUACCAAGCACUGGCAGAAGAAUUUUAUUCUCAGCAAUUAAAGGAAACAAAGCAUACCUUUGUGUAUAUGGACCUUUCAAUUGGAGGAAAUGACGUGGGAAGGUUACUAUUUGAGCUCUUUUCAGACAUUUGCCCAAAGACAAGUAAGAAUUUUGAAGCGCUAUGCACUGGUGAGGCUGGUUCAACAAGUGACAACAUAAACCUGAGCUAUAAGGGAUCAAUAUUUCAUCGCGUAGUCCCAAAUGGCUGGAUUCAGGGUGGAGACAUAUAUAAAGGAAAAGGUGAUGGAGGGCACUCAAUUUAUGGGCCAACAUUUGAAGAUGAAAGCUUUGCAGUCCCCCACAACAAAAGGGGAGUAUUGGGAAUGUCUAACAAAGGAAUUCACACUAAUGGAUCCCAGUUUUACAUCACACUUCAGCCUGCGCCUUGGAUGGAUAAAAGAUAUGUAGCUUUUGGGGAGCUGAUUGAAGGUACAGAUGUCCUAAAGCUGCUAGAAGAUGUCCCUACAUACAACGAGAGGCCUAAACAGGAGUGUAAAGUUGUUGACUGUGGCCUGUUUAUACCUUAAUGAUUGGAUUCACUGUCUAGAAGAAAACUGUGUUGUGCAUAUUGUAUACUGUUAAAUGUAUAGUAAAAGACAACGUGUUUUAGUUAUUGUCAUGAGUACAUACCACUUUACAUUGUACUAUCAUAUUAUUCUCAGAUGAGCAAGUUCAGUCCUGGAGGUUGAUGGCAACUGUUACCUAUGAUGACAAUCAUCCUCUUGGUAGCUUACUCAUGCCUGUAAAUGAGUCUUCAUAUUCAGAGUCAUCUGGUAGUGAAAGUGUUUCUCUUUUAAAUAGUAAUUUAUCUAAUCUGGAUUUACUUAUAGCAUUUCAAACACCAAGGGCCAUCUUAACAGCAUCAUAGUCCGAAGAAGGGCACUGGGGCCCCUGUUUUGAUUGCAAAACAGAAACACACAUAGGCAGCAGAAACAUUGUGGGCCCCUAUGCUCCUGGGUCCCCCGGCCAGUGCCCAUUGUGUCCAUAUGUUAAGAUGGCCCUGAGGCAAGGCUGUAAAUGACAAUGUACUCAUUUUUGGAGUAGAAACCAUACAGCCAUUGUGCAGUUCAUAUUUACUGCUCUUAACAUUGCUUCAAAGACAAUUUUUUAGUUUAGUAACAAUCUUAGAUUAAUCAAGGUAGGAUAAGAUAGGUAAGAUUGGAGACAUUCAAUAGGUGAUAAAUUAAAAGAAAACAAAACUUUCUUAGAAAUUUGUAUUUAAUGUCUGAAUGCAAAAACAAAAUGUGCAAUUAAAGAUGAAUCAGAGAAAAACCUGAAACAAAAACCUGCAGUCACUUUCAUCACUGGGUACUGAAGUUGCCUGUUGUUCGUAUUAGUGCUUAAGAGAUCACAGUUCAAGACAGUGUGCCACAGAUAUACAGUAAAUACAACAGUUGGAAACCCAUAACAUAUGAAAUAAUCAACAGUAAAUGCUGCAAAGGAAAGGGUUUAUUAAAGUGCCAUAUCUUAAAGUGUAAACAAGAAGGAUAUUUGAGGACUUUUAUUAGACUUUUGCAUCUUGUGUAUAUCCUGUGAUUACAUUUAUUUUAGAUGCCUUCAAUUCAAUACAUUCAAUUUAAAAAAAAUGUUAUGAAUUAAAAGAAAACUUCUUGUAA